GCCUGUUAGGUUAAAAAGAAAAAAAACUCAAAUGAGGGAGCAAUGUGUGAACAGUGUUUCCUCUCUGCUUCUCCUUCCUGGUUUCUGCAGCUUUCAGUCUGAUGAGCAGCACCAACGCUGACAGUUUCACUAUAAUGUAGAAAAACAUCGUACGCAGGUGGAGCAGAAAUGGCAGCAGGCUUAGGAGUGACAUGCUGCUCAGUUUACCUCACAGCAGGUAAGGUCUCUGUUACUUACCUCACAGUUCUGCUGUGCUACGUUUGUGCAAAAGAGGAAAAGAAAGCUGUGAAAGCAAGAGAGAGAACGAACAUUACGCUGCAGCCGGUAGAAAGUCCACACAACGCCCGGGUUGUGUGGACCUUCGGAGUCGAAAGCCCAAACAUCCGAAUAGCAUCAGUAAAGCUGAAUAAAGAAGUAAAAUGUGACUAUGAGGAGAAAUUCAGAGACAGACUUCUUCUUGACAGCAACACCGGAGCUCUGACUAUCUCGCAGCUGGAAAUGAGUGACUCAGGCGUUUACCAGUUCCAGUCCAUCAGCAGCAAAAUCCUAAGCAGAGAUUUCCACCUGACUGUCUACAGUUUUCUCCCUAUGCCGUCCAUUACCGUCACUUCAUCUGUCAUUAACACCAGCUCUGCUUCAGUCACCGUGGACUGUUCAGUCCAGAACAGCAGGGAACUGAAGCUCUCCUGGUACCGAGGGACGGAGAGGCUAAAACAAACAAGCAGUCCCAGUCUGCCCUCUGAGCUGAGUCUUUCUCUGGAGGUAGAUGCCGCGGAUGGAGACAACUACAGCUGCAUGGCUGAAAACCCUGUAGAGAGACAAACCACCAAACUGCUUACAAAGGACAUUCAGCUGGGAAAUGGAGGUACAAUUAAAAAUAAUAAAACAGCAGCUGGUGUCAGAAUGAAGCCACUGUCAGGCUAAUCGUUUCUGCUGGAAUUGCCUUGGUUUUGAUUCUUCUUCUGGUUGACCACAUCAGGUUCUGAGGAUGAGCCAUGAACUAACAGCAUGGUCAGGGAACCACAACACUUGCUGCUUCUCAUGCUGGAGCUUUUUUGUGUUGAACGAAUCUAAGAAACAAACCCUGAGUGCACAAAUUACCACAGCAAAUUCUGUGAUAAACCGGACGCAGUAUUGAUGCUCAACUGAAUGUAAAAAUGUAAUGGAUAUACAAUGUUUUAGCUGUUUUCACCUUAUUUCCUCUGGGUUUUGUCAGAUUCUUGUAUUCUUUGAGUUCUUUCCCUUUUCUUGGUUCUGUUUUAUUUGUUUGUUCUUGGAAAUAAAGACUUGAAGCCUUUGUCUCUA